UGUUGGUAGUUUCAGCAGAGUUUUUAACGUUGAUUCAAAAUAUACACACAUUGAGGAUGAAAGUAUAUAUUUUGAUCUGUACAAUAUUAGCUUUAACGGCGGACAUAAAUGGCACGGCUUGUAAUCUUGAACCUUUUGUCCAAGGAUCAUGCCUGGAAUUGACAGACCUCUAUUCCUAUGUUGAAUAUAAAAACGACUGUGUAUUCUGGCAGGGAUGCCUUCUAAAUGGAAAUCAUUUUAGCAAAAAAGAGGAGUGCGAAGACAUGUGCAAGCAAUAAGAUUUGUUUUCAAUUUUGAGGAGGAGUGCGAAGACAUGUCCAAGCAAUAAGAUUUGUUUUCAAUUU